UGUACUACGUCACUUCCGCCCACGUUCGAGAUUCCCGCCUCGCCGUCAAAAAGCCAGCUAGUAAUGAUGGCGUCAGAGAAGGAGAAAGGUAGUAUUCGGAGGUUUGUCAAAGGGCAACUCCGCGAUGGGCCAGACCUAAGCACGCUGACUUUAGGAAUAUUGAAAAAACGAUAUCUGGCUCAAGAAGGAUGUGAAUCGUUGACUUCUGAAGCAAAACAAUUCAUGAAGCAAGUGGUGGGAGAAGAACUGGCCAAAAUGCAGGAAAGCAAUGGCGGUGAAAGCGAGCCUGAAAUCAACAAACCAAAGCGGAAAAGGGAGAGAGAAAAAGAGGAGCUGGAAAGUGACGCUGAAACCAAAUCCGCAGCAAAGAAAUCACGAUCGGGACAUAAAGACUCGCCAUCAGAUUCAGAGGAUGAGCAGAACUCUGAAACAGGAAGUCAAAACAAAGAGCAAAUCAGCUCUCGGUCUGCAAGUGAAGAAGAAGAAGAAGAAUCAGAGCAUGAAAAAAGCAAAAAAACUGGACAGCGUGUCACAAGUGAUGAGUCUUCAGAUGAAGAGGUUGAGUCAGAAAAUGGUCGGAAUGAGAAUCUAACUCCCAAGGAAAAAGUGAAAAAGAAGGCCAAGAAGAGAGAGAUAAGAAGCGUCGAUUCAGGUGGAAGAAACACAACGACAAAGAGCGAUAAGGAGAGUGGGAGUGAUGCAGAGCGUUCGUCAGAGAAAAUUGAUUCCUCUGCUGAUGACAAAGAAAAUGGGAAGAAGGGAAACGACUCUGACUCUGAUUCAUCAUCAUCACUGCCUUCUGUGGACGACGAGAAGAAAAGGAGCCCGGCUGAAGCAAAAGAUAAGAAGCAAAAGAAAACAAAGACUGGAGGCUCCAAGGAUGAAGAAAAGUCAGUCGUGCGGCUCAAACGCUACAUCGCCCUGUGUGGCGUGUGGAAGAAUUACAAGAAGCUGCUAGACGGCUGCCGCUCCACUCGCUCCAAAGUGGCUGUUCUGAAGCAGGAGCUUAAAAACCUCGGUGUCAAUGGUCACCCCUCUAUUGAGAAAUGUAAAAAGAUUCGAUUGAAGAGGGAAGAAGCUCAGGAACUGGCUGAACUUGACGUCAACAACAUCAUCACCACUGAAGGCCGGCCUAAACGCAGAGGAACCUCAGCCAAUCAGAUACGUAAGGACCCUCCAUCUUCUUAUCAGCGCACUCUAAACUCUGAUUCUGACAGCCAUCAGGAAAGUGAUCCUCACAAAGGACGCAAAAAGAUGUCGGAGUGGGCCAACCUGCAUGGGAUCAUCAGUGAUGAUGCAGACACCAACUGAACACAGACUGUUGCACUUUUAUGAUGUUUAUUGUUGACUUUUACAUUUUUGAUUGUAAAAUCAUUCAUUGUAAUUUAAUUUGAUAGUGACUUGUUUUAAGUGUUCCUGUUAAAAUAAAAUUUAUAUUAUAACCUUUUUGACAGAUCUUUUUUUUUAUUAUUAUUUAGGCCAGUGGAGUACAUUUUGUCUGCCAGUGAACAUUUUAAAAUGUUUGACACAGAGGGUGAGAGGAAGAUAAAACAAUCGCUGUAAAUAAUUUACAUUUUGUUUGCAAAUCGAUUCUUUUUCACUGCGUUUAACCAUCACAUGGUUGCUUUUAUUACCAGAACUUAAAUAAACUCAAACAGGAA